AUGCGGAGAGGGACUGGUAGGUGGGGCCAUCUCCCAGAGCACCUGUGCCAGCCCAGUCCGUGCCCUGAUCUCUCUCCUCCGUGCUUCUCUCUCCUGCAGGUCCCGGUCUUGUGGUCUCGCAGCCGCCUGCUAUGGGGAUCUCGCUGCUGUUCUCAGUACCAGCCCGGCCCGACAAAGCUGGACUUCAGUGGAAACUGUAGUCGGAGGGAUGACUGUGUGCAGGUGCUGUGCGAGGGACUGAGACAGCCCAGGUGCCAGUUAGAAACACUGCGGUUGGGGCGUUUUCGUCUCCCAGCCGCCUGCUGUGGGGAUCUCGCCGCUGCUCUCAGCACCAGCCCCAGCCUGACGGAGCUGGACCUGAGUUAUAACGAUGAUGUGGGGGCUGGCGGCGUGCGGGUGCUGUGCGAGGGACUGAGACACCCCAGGUGCAAGGUGCAGACACUGCGGUUGGGGAGGUGCAGCCUCCCAGCCGCCUGCUGUGGGGAUCUCGCCGCUGCUCUCAGCACCAGCCCUAGCCUGACGGAGCUGGACCUGAGUGAUAACCGUGAUCUGGGGGCUGGCGGCGUGCGGGUGCUGUGCGAGGGACUGAGACAUCCCAGGUGCAAGGUGCAGACACUGCGGUUGCAGUGUUGCCAUCUCCCAGCCGCCUGCUGUGGGGAUCUCGCCGCUGCUCUCAGCACCAGCCCCAGCCUGACGGAGAUGGACCUGGGUGGUAACGAUGAUCUGGGGGCUGGCGGCGUGCGGGUGCUGUGUGAGGGACUGAGACACCCCAGCUGCAAGGUGCAGACACUGCGGUUGUGGUCUUGCCAUCUCACAGAUGCCUGCUGUGGGGAUCUCGCCGCUGCUCUCAGCACCAGCCCCAGCCUGACGGAGCUGCACCUGGGGGGUAACAGUGCUCUGGGGGCUGGCGGCGUGCGGGUGCUGUGCGAGGGACUGAGACAUCCCAGCUGCAAGGUGCAGACACUGGGGUUCCGGCGUUGCCGUCUCACAGCUGCUUGCUGUGGGGAUCUCGCCGCUGCUCUCAGCACCAGCCCCAGCCUGACGGAGCUGGACCUGAGUUAUAACGGUGAUCUGGGGGCUGGCGGCGUGCGGGUGCUGUGCGAGGGACUGAGACACCCCAGGUGCAAGGUGCAGACACUGCGGUUGGGGGGUUGCCGUCUCAGAUGCCUGCUGUGGGGAUCUUGCCGCUGCUCUCAGCACCAGCCCCAGCCUGACGGAGCUGGACCUGAGUGAUAACCGUGAUCUGGGGGCUGGCGGCGUGCGGGUGCUGUGCGAGGGACUGAGACAUCCCAGGUGCAAGGUGCAGACACUGCGGUUCCGGCGUUGCCGUCUCACAGCUGCUUGCUGUGGGGAUCUCGCCGCUGCUCUCAGCACCAGCCCCAGCCUGACGGAGCUGGACCUGAGUUAUAACGGUGAUCUGGGGGCUGGCGGCGUGCGGGUGCUGUGCGAGGGACUGAGACACCCCAGGUGCAAGGUGCAGACACUGCGGUAAGGAGCAGCAGCUUCCUCCGGGCACUCACUAGGUCUCUGUGGAAAUGUUCAACACGGCGAGGUGUCUUGGUCCUAGUGUUUGGGACAGUGGACUUGGUUGGCUGAGCGUAGAUACCUCGGUCUGUGCUUCUGGGACUCCGUUGGGUCGGGUGACCAUACUAUUUUUACCAAAAUCCAGGAUUGUGGUAAGGAAAUAUGGGAUGGGGGGAACCAUGUGCACACACUUACACAUGCCACCCCCACGCCUACUUUCUCACACAUAGACACACACACCUGUGCCUCUGCACCACUCUCCCCACAUGGACUCACAUACACGCACACACAGCCCCAACCCCGUUGCUCCCAGGAGCCCUGAUGGUGGAGCAGGGCAUGGUGGGACAGCCUGGAGGUCUACGGCCAUCCUCCAUCCCCCUCCAUGUAGAGGCUGGGCCCAGCUGGGAGCAGCCCCUGUGCUAUGCUCUCUGGGUCCUGCCAGCCCCUCUUUUCCCAUUGGCUGGAAGUGGAGGGUUGGGGCUGAGCCCUUCUCAGUGCUGAUUGGCCACAGGUGCUGCACAGACAUUGGGGCUGAGCAGUAAGUGCUUUUUUUCCCUGGCUAAGGGGUAGAUCGUGGGGCAGGGCAGGAGGCGGGACUUCUGUCCCCUUUUCCAUGCUGAUUGGUCAGGGAGGGGGCUGGUGGGAGGAGCUACCUGUCAGAGCAGCUGUGCCAGCCCCGUCCACACCCGGAUCUCUCCGCUCUGUUCUUCUCUCUCCUCCAGGUUGGGGGGUUGCCGUCUCAGAUGCCUGCUGUGGGGAUCUUGCCGCUGCUCUCAGCACCAGCCCCAGCCUGACGGAGCUGGACCUGAGUGAUAACCGUGAUCUGGGGGCUGGCGGCGUGCGGGUGCUGUGCGAGGGACUGAGACAUCCCAGGUGCAAGGUGCAGACACUGCGGUUGGACCUUUACAUACUAAAUGCAGAAACAAAGCAAGAGCUGGAGGCUGUGAAAGGAGUGAAGCCUGGUCUGGUCAUAAAGGACAUGCAGAGUGAAAA